CCGGGGGGCCGGCCCGGGGGUUAACAUUCAGGCGUGGGGACCCACCCUAUAUGCAAAUCGAAUUUUUCUUAUUCACGGCUUUCUUGAACGGGGUCUCUGACUUGGACUUGGGUUUGGUCUGUGACUGAUGUUCUUGGUUCUUGGCCUGUUCCUCCUUCUUCUCAUUUUCCAAUCAUAUUAUUAUCGCUUUUGACCUCAGAUUUCUCGCCGACAAUUCUUAGUUCAGUCCAUCCGAAACUUGCAGUUUUGUACUCGGCGGUGUCCGACUUCGGACCGCGCCGACAACCCCACAUCGGAGUUUACUUCUUGGACGUGGCGGGAUGAAACCAUUGGCGGCACCACGGGACAGCGCCGCCGCCGCCGGGGACACCAGCCGAACCGACAGCAGCUACGCGACCGACUCCUCCACGCUGUCUCUACCAGACCCGGAAAAGACCGCGCCAUCAGACAUCUCAGCCGCAGUCCCAGAAGCAGAACCAGCACCAGCACCAGACACAGCCGGACCCGAUGUCCCGGACGACAACCUCCCAACCACCAUCAGGAACGCCCCCAAUGCCACUAUCACCCCUACCACCGCCGAGAAGGAGAAGGCCAUCGACGCCGGUGUCCCGCCGGCCGCAGGCUCCUCCUCCUCCCCCUCCUCCUCCUGCCCAGAUCAAAGCGCGCUCGCGCGCCAGCCCUCAGCCGCCCCGACGACGACGACUGCCACGACGACCGACUUCCCCGAGGGCGGCCUGGUCGGCUGGCUGGUGGUGCUGGGGUCCUUCUGCGCGAUGCUGUCGCUGUUCGGGCUGAUCAACUCGGCGGGCGUGUUCGCGUCGUACUUCGCGGCGCACCAGCUGGCGGCGGCGGGGGCGUCGUCGUCGCAGCUCGGCUGGAUCUUCAGCCUGUACCUGUUCAUCGUCUUCUUCGUCGGCAUCCAGGUCGGCCCCGUGUUUGAUCGCUACGGCGCCCGGGUGCUGGUCGCGGCCGGGAGCGGGCUGAUUUUUCUGAGUCUGUUGCUGUUGAGCUGGUGCGAGGAAUACUACCAGAUCAUCCUCACGUACUCCGUGAUGGGGGGCCUAGGCGGCGCGCUGCUCAACAGCCCCGCGUACGGCGCGAUCGCGCACUUCUUCAACGCCCGCCGCGGCCUGGCCACCGGCAUCGCUACCACCGCGGGCGGCGUCGGCGGCGUGGUGUUCCCCAUCCUGCUGCGCGCGCUGCUGCCCGGCGUGGGCUUCGCGUGGAGCUGCCGCAUCCUGGCCUUCAUCAUGCUCGGCCUGGCCGUUCCGUCUAACCUCUUCAUCCGGACAAGGCUGACGCCCGCCAGGCGCCCCGACGGCAGACCCAGGGUGCAGUCGGUGUGGCCCGACUUCACCGUCUUCAAGGACCCUCGCUUCGCGUUCGCGUCGAUUGGUAUUUUCUUUAUGGAAUGGGGCUUGUUCGUGCCGCUCACGUUCAUUGUGUCGUAUGCUGCCGCGCACGGGCAGGAGGAGACUCAGGGCUAUCUGCUCCUGUCCUAUUUGAACGCCGGGUCGGUGCUCGGCCGCGUGCUGCCCGGGUUCCUGGCCGACCGCCUCGGCCGCUUCAACGUCAUCAUCGUGACCAUUGCACUGUGCGCCGUGACGGUGCUGGCGCUGUGGCUGCCGGCGGGGGCGUCCCAGCCAAUGCUGAUUGCCUACUCGGUGCUUUUUGGAUUCGCGAGCGGGAGUAACCUGGGACUGGUGCCCGUCUGCCUCGGGCAGCUGUGCGACCACCGACGGUAUGGCCGGCUCUUUUCGACAGCCAUGAUGGUGGCGAGCUUCGGCACCCUCAGCAGUGUCCCGAUCGGUGGCGCCUUGUUGGAUUCGAAGACGGGAGAGAGCGGAUGGACGGGCCUGGUCGUCUUUGCAGGCGUGUCGUAUUCUGCUGCCCUGGUAUGCUAUACCACUGCGCGGGUGCUAGCGGUUGGAUGGAGUCCUCGGACGAUCUUCUAGAGGGCCUUUUUGUAUAGAAAUGCGUCAUAGAGUGACUGUAGACCUCUUGCCUGGUUGGCACGUACAAAUGCUCGCCCCUGUAACCCGUACGACACUGACAGCUAACCUGUGCUGCAUGGCACAAGCCGCU